AUGUUGAACUGUCAAACACAUGACCUAUCACAUGAGAAAUCGCUGAAACGUGAAAAUACCAAGGAGGAGAGCGAGUCUGUUACAGUACCCGAGCAGUAUAUCGACGCAUGUAUUAGAAAAACUGAACUUCAAAAUAAACACGGAACACCAUUCCAAGCGUCAAAAACUAGAUUGUCUAACUUAAACAGAACUGCGAUUGAUGUUGGAGGAGGUGGUGACAGCUUUUUCAGGGCUGUAUCACAUCAACUCUACGGCAAUCCUAACAAUCAUUUUUAUCUGCGCAGUGUUGGUGUUCAGUAUUUAGUGCAUAACCCUGAACAGUUUAUAGAGAGUAACACUGAACAUUCUUGGCAAGAUUAUUUACAAAGCAUGUCAAAUCAAGGAACAUGGGCUGAUGCUAUCAUAAUUCAAGCAGUUGCUAACUGUCUUAACUUGUCAAUUUAUAUUAUUGAGUCAAAUCCAGCCUUUUCUCCUGCUACUGUUGUUGAAUCAAUGAAUGUGACACAUGGUAGCCUAAAAAUUUACAUUGGGCAUGUACACGAAAUUCAUUAUGUUCCCACAAGUGAGAUGCAAAGGAGAUACAGUAAUAGUGAAACAAAUAUAGACAAGAAUUUAAACCAAGGUGCCCAAGAAAGGAAAUGA